AUGGCUAAUGUCUCAGCAAAGCCUACUAUCAAAAGAGGUGGUAUGACAAGCAGCAAAAGAACAUCUAGUAGGCCCAUUAAUCCUGAUACUGUUUAUGACUAUGCGUUGCGUUGUGCCAUACGUGCCUACCUUGAACAGACCGACAAAAAGUUUGACAAUAACGACGUGAGCCCAAGCAGUUCUUUGUCAAAGAAGAAGGAAGACCGUACCUCGUCGCGUCAGCACAGCCUAACAAGUCUGACAGAUAAAUUCUCUGAUGGCGAUAAAAAGAACGACAAGCUCAACAGAGAAAUCGUAAAGGGCUUGGCAAGAAGACUAGAAGAUGUUUAUAAAGGAAAAGACACUUCCUUUCCAGAAUACUCAGAUGAGCGAUUUCGUACUGCAUCCAAACAAGUCAAGAAGCAUUUAGAAGGACAACGCUAUCGACCUACAAGCAGCAUUAUUGACACUGUCAUCAUGUUCUUAAAGACAAGUGAAGCAGAAUUAAAAGCUGAUCAGCCAAAUCCUGCUGUUUGGUAUGAAGACCUAAAUCAAUUUGUUACUGGUUUUGUUGAACUGGUUAUUAAGACGAUUCAAGAAGAUUCGCCCUCUUCCGCCACACCUGAACUAAUGAAGAGUCUGGCUGGUUUUUGUGUCACACCCAACAAGAGACAUUCACAAAAAAAGCCUAUCGCUUAUCCACCUGCUAACAACAGCACACCAGAAGCCGAUAAAAGAAUCUCAUUAUCAUCCACAACUUCUAAUAAAUCCAAUGUUGAAUCCUUGGAAGAGUUUCCUAUGAUUAUCACUAUUAAGAACUUAUUUCAUAAAGAUGAUGACGAACACCGUAAAAAACUGCAGGAACUGGUGUCUAUUUGUACAGAAUCGGCUUUAUUGAAUGACUUUAAAAAAUGCAUCAACAAUGUACAUACAAAUCAACCUUUUCCAGGAAGAAAAGAAGACUUCCCCAGUGUACAAGCCUAUGAUCACUGGCAGAAAAAAGAAGUCAAACAACUGACAGAACUCAUGAAAUCCCUCAUGUUGAUGAAUCCAAACUUGAGCAUAGCCACAUCCAGUGAAGUUGAUGUAGGUCACACGAAUUUAUUAGCCCGACAAAGCACAGACUCUGCUGGUCAAAAUGGAUCAAAUCCUGCUGAAUCAAGUGGAGGAUUUGCAUUUAUUCCUACAGAUCCCAAAAGUUGCUAUAAGCAUUUAAUGGCCUUGUGUCUUGACGUUGAUAUUGAAAAUUUCAGUUCUGUACCUGAAUCUGAACGUGCUAAAACAAGCGUUCUCUCUCAUCAAUCAGAUGAAAUCUUGAGAGAAUGUUGGAAAACAUGGCGUUUGUCUUCUCCUUAUCGAGCUGCUCUUUACCUUGGCCUUGUGAAAGCCAAGUUUGAUCAAAAUGAACUAGGCGUAGAAGAUGUCAAUGAUGCUAUUCGGUCUUUGGAUAAAGUGACAAAGGAAAAUGAAUUUAGCUCAUGGGCAACGGCUGAUCGAGACAAUGCAGUUCGAACACUGAAGUCCUUGAAUAGCACUCUUUUGCGUGAACUAGCUACUGGUCUGUCUGAAUAUUGGAAAAUAAGUCCUGCUUGGAUCCAAGACAUUGUUGACUUGAUUGAAAAAGUUCAAGGCAAUCCUAUUUACCAAGAAUUUCAUUCAGACACAGAAGGACAAUUGAACGACUUAGAAGAAAACAUAAAGGGUGCUGCUGUCGAAAGAUGGAGUCAAAUCGAAAAACUUACAAACAAGCCUGAGGAAGAUGCAUUAUCCAACCUGUUUGCCAUGGCUGAAAAACUCUUUAAGGAACUCAACUCAAUUGCCAGAAAAAAGUUUCCAAAGCCUAUUAUGGGUGUGCUUUCUAUUCCCAGUCUUGUCAUGGCAAGACAGAUGCCCUAUUUUGCUUUGGAAAUGGAGAAUUGGGCUUAUUCCCCUGAUUCCAAGACAUGUCCUAUCGACAGUGCUUUUGGAUUAUAUGAAAAAGUGUUGAAUUUAGAAAGACUCUAUGAUCAAUAUGGUCCCAAAACGAAAAAGAGUUUAUUUAAAGUAGAAUCAUGGUUUUUGCCUCAUGUAAAGCGUUGGCUUUUCAAGACGAACGAAUCCACUAUUGAAUGGGUCGAAAAUGCCAUUAAUCAAGACCAGUUUCAAAAAUACAGUGAAUCUGUGUCGCAUUCUUCUUCUAUCAUUGACUUGUUUUCCAUGUUUAAUCAAGCAGUUGAAUUCAUUACAAAUUUGCAAUGGCCUAACGAUUUACAACACUGUUUGUUUGAGACCUAUUUAGCCAAGAUUAUUGGUGAAGGUAUUGAGCAUUACUGCUUUACACUUGAAGAUUUGAUACGUAAGGAUAUCAAGAACAAACGUGCACUACCUGGCAACCCUCAAGGUGUUGCACCAAGCGACAGUAUUUUGGGUAAGGCACGCUACCAAAUCCUAGGUAAUCGAGGUGCCUCUCGAGAAGAAGGAUUUACGCCACCCAAUUUUAUCAUACCUGAACUAUGUGUCAAAUUGAACGAUAUUGAAGCUGCUCGUGGUAAACUCGAUCGUCUUUAUCAAUCUAUGCAUGUAGAUGAUGUGGCUCAAUACAUGAGAGAAAACGAGUCUGUACAGAACACUCAAAAAUUGGCCAAGAACAGCAAUAUUUUAUAUACCAUUCGUGUUGUACGUGCAGAGAAUCUUCAAGUGAUGGAUACCAAUGGUCUCUGUGACCCUUAUGUGACAUUUGAGAUUGAUGGCAAGUUUGUUACCAGAACAAGAACAGUGUAU